CCAGCCAUGGCAGAAGGGGGCUGUACGAAAACUGAAGAAGAUGAAGGGCCUAGCACGGAGGAAGACUCCCAGUCCUACCAUGGUGUCGGCAUAUGCAAAUGGUUCAAUGUGCGGAUGGGUUUCGGGUUCCUGUCCAUGACCAACAGAGAGGGUGAGCCUCUGGAGUCCCCGGUCGAUGUGUUUGUGCAUCAGAGCAAGCUGCACAUGGAGGGCUUCCGCAGCCUGAAGGAGGGGGAGGCCGUGGAGUUCACCUUCAAGAAGUCCUCCAAGGGCCUGGAGUCCGUGCAGGUCACGGGGCCGGGAGGAGCGCACUGCGUGGGCAGCGAGAGGAGACCCAAGGGGAAGAGCGUCCACAAACGCCGCUCCAAAGGAGACAGGUGCUAUAACUGUGGAGGUCUGGACCACCAUGCCAAAGAGUGCAAACUGCCACCGCAGCCCAAGAAGUGCCAUUUCUGCCAGAGCAUAGCCCACAUGGUUGCCAACUGCCCGGUCAAAGCACAGCAGUCCUCACCCAGCUCUCAGGGAAAGCCUUCGCCACAGAAGGGUGAGGAAGAGGAGGAGCAGAGCCACUCGCCGCCACCCCCCGAAAGCGUUGAGUGA